CAAACAUCAAAGCCAACAAAAAUAAUAAUAAUCUCAUUCUCUCUAGCUCUAACUAUAGAGAUGGAGAAGAACGUACCAUUAAGCAAAAAGCUAUGGAACAUUGUACGUUUUGUCAUGUACAUGUUACGCAAAGGUAUCUCAAAGCAAAAGCUCCUCGCCGACUUUAACGCCACUCUCAAACGCGGCAAGAAUCUCAUCUUCCACAACCGCCGCCGCGUCCCAUCCUCCUCUACCGCCUCCACCGCCGCGUCACAGCCGCCGAAAGAAUACGAGUUCAGCUGCAGCGACACUCCAAACUACUCAUUUCCCUUUAACAUGUCCGCAUUCAAGAAGAAGAAGAGUCACAACAUUAGUCUCUUCGCUUGUGGGCACACGCCACCGACCCUCGACGAUGACACCUCCGCCUCCAGAGCCGUGCUUGAGCUUCUCAGCGGCGGAGGUAAUCAAGAAAACGGCGGUAACACGCCGGUUUUGACGGCGUUGUCUCCUUACUUGCACGGAUUUGGAUGGAGGUCUCCGUCAGUGAGACCUUUACGUGUGACGGACUCACCUUUCCCGUUACGGGAGGACGGUGACGUGGCUAACGGACACGUGGACAAAGCGGCGGAUGAGUUUAUAAAGAAGUUUUACAAGAACUUGAAUCACCAAAAGAAGAUGAUUGAGUUCUCACCUAAUUAAUCAAAUCUGUUCCUAAAAAUUUUCUCUCUAUUCUGCUG